GCAAAGCAGUUUAUGACGACACUGGUUGUCUUAUAUUGAUGACGUAUUAUUGACGGGACUCGCCUGGAACUAGCAAGAGGGACAGUUUUAGCUAACGGUUCUAUACUCUUACUAAACUGUCAACUAAUAACUGUUUGUUUAACGAUCCUCGUCCCCACACGGUAUCAGUGAUGUCUCAACAGACGGUCCCCUCCGCCCCGGACUCCCCCGCGCUGCUGGUCACCAUCAACGUGCAGAAAUAUGCUAUCAAGAAGAAGAAGGUCCUCAGUGCUGAGGAGGCUGAGCUGUUCGAGCUGACCCAGGCUGCAGGGAUCACUAUGGACCAGGAGGUCUUCAAGAUCAUAGUGGAUCUGCUAAAGAUGAAUGUGGCUCCUCAAGCAGUCUUCCAGACUCUGAAGGCGAUGUGUGCAGGUCAGAGGGUCGCUGAGAGCUGCGGUGUUGGGGAAUCAUCAACUGCCCCCCACACCACCAGCAUCACCACAGCACCGACUGAGGCCAGAGCAGUGCGCAGUAAGGCUGCAGCGAGCCACAGUGAGAAGAGCCGAGAGGCCUCCAGCCAGCGGGUGCAGCGGCAGCCCAGCGCCACCAGAGGGCCGAAGACGAAGAGCUCCGGCAGCAGCAGCUCCUCCUCACAGAUAAACUCCACAUGAGCCUCAGUUCAACAUGAGACCGUUUGUAAAUAAGUAGUUUUCUGUACAAUUAACUUAUCUUUAUGUUUUACAGAGUGAUGUUUUUUAAAGGGUUGUUUCUCCCAAAUGACAAAAUGAACAGAUAUUGGAUCCUUGGUUUCAAGAUAACGGUUGGCCCAUCAUUACAUGGGAGUUGAAUUAAUUUUUGUUGCUGCUGAUAACUGUAUUUAUUCACACUCAUAUUUUCACAGUAUUUUAGCCUUUACUUGUUAACGUUUUGGCUAAUUGGCACAGUUAAAAGUAUGCUGAAUCAUUAAUUAGCAGUUGCUAUUUAGAGUGUAGUCAUGGGCAUAAAGAAAACUAUCACUGGAUUACUUUAAACUGAAAAUAUUCCAAGGCAAGUUCAGGAGUUAUAAAGCUAAUUUCAGUCACACAGGAAACAAAAGUGAAUCAAGUCUGUGUGUAACAAGUAUGACUUUUUUUAAAUCUCAGUUCCAAUGAAAACUAUUUACAAUGAGCUAGAAAUUGUAAAACCUUGGGAAAUUAAAUAAAGUCAGCUGACUAGAUAGAGUUUACUAGAGAGUACUUUUUGUUUGUAUUUUGGGUAAAGCAAUCCUUUAAAACUAUGUAAGGUAGUCCUCAUGUCUCCUCAUCUUUUGUUCUGGCAGGUGUUACAGUGAGGAGAGCCUUUUGUUGCAAUGUAACUUUUAAGAGUCUGACAGAAAAAACAAAGAAAUAUUUGAGUGUUUCUACUCAACUGGAAAUGUCUAUAUUCAAUGUUCAACUUUUUUAUAAAAUGAAUAAUCUUUAAUAAAUCCAUAAUCCACA